AUGGAUAAUACUUCCUUGCUUAGAGCGGAAGGGGGUUUUACCCAGCCAAGAGGAAAUUCAAAACUCUGUUUAAUGGCGAUGGUUUUGAUUUCUUCCUGGGCUAAUUCUUGCAUUACAAUGAUAUGGCCAUUAUUAAUAGUCGGUGAUUAUUUAAGGCUUCCCUUUCAGCUGACAAUGUUUUUGGUUGAAGGUUUGUUUUGUUUUCUCUUGGGUAUGACUUCAGACUUGAAGUCUAGAAAAACGUCUAUAAAGUAUUCUUUAAAGAUAAUGCUAGGAUCAAUAUUGGCCGUACUAUUAAUUGUCACAAUAAACUUAUUUUUUGAGAUCAAAUUUUUAAAAUUGGAUAUAUUAAGAUAUUCUAAGAAAAAUGAGAGUUUAUAUGGUUUUAAUAAAGACGCUUUAUAUGAUAAUAUUUUAAUUUUUGACGAGACAGCAAAUAUUAUGAAUAAUAUUCACAGAGAAGAAGUUGAAGUAGUUCAGGAAAAUUCUGAAAUUUCCUUUAAAAACAAAAAUGGUUUGAAUGACCAUAAUUCAAAUUUACCAUCAAAAUUGGAUGAUGUUACUGUACUGAUUUUUACACUGAUACUAUUCAUCACAUGCUGUAUUUUACAGUCAAGCUCCAUCAGUAUGUAUUAUAAUUUGAAUAUUUUAAUUGUAGAUAGUAGCAUAGAAAAUUCAGAUUUUAGUUUUUCCAGCUCAUAUAACAAUUUUGCAGGAUGGAACGAAAUCUGUUUUUAUAAUAUUGGAAGUUAUAUAAGUCUACUAAUUUCAAGAGUUAUGUUUAUAUCAAUUUUGGGUUUCAUAACCAGAAAAGAUACACCAAAUAAGAGCUUAACUAUGGAAGUUGACUAUAUUCACAUUUAUUGUUUUAAUUUGUUGGCUCUACUAAUUAUGAUUCCAUUCGGAUAUUAUUUGGUUGAAAACAAAUUAGUAUUCAAUUCCACAAAUAAUUCUGGCUACCAAAUUACUCACACAAAUAUCAAACAUUAUUUGGCAAGCAUUUUAGACUUUAUAAAAGAUAAAAAUAAUAUGUUCUGGUUUCUAGUAAUUCCAUACUGGAUUGUUUAUUUCAUCCAAUCUGGAAAUAACUUUCACAAGUGGAUAGUAAUUGACCAAUCUACCUUCAAUAUUGAGUUAUGGGAACUUCAUUUACUUAUUUACGAAUCCGUUAUUUCACUAAUUAUAUCUAUUUUGUUUGCAUUCAUAUCCAACAAAUUUUCCCCAGUAAUUCUACAGGUUUAUUGUUUUGUGAUUUUGUCUAUGGUAUCGUUUGGACUAACACUAUGUACGUAUAUGAUGCAUGAAAUUCCAGUAAAAACCUUUAUUGACUUUAUUUCUGCCUUCACACUUUGCCAUGGAAUAUUCCAUAUCAGCAGUGUAGUUCCAUCGAUCAAUGCAAUUUACUUCGCAAUCAAAUUCACACCUUCAGAAAUAAAGUCAAUGGUUCUAGCAAUCAUCCACUUUAUUGUAUUAACUGCUCCUAUAGCAGACCAAAUUAUAAACAAUUACAGUUUUAAGUUAAUUAGUAUUUCCGAAAAGUUCUUAUUCAUUACUAUAAUGACUCUCAUUGGAAUAAUUUACACGGGAAUUUUUAUGGUUAAGCAUUCUAUUGAUGAAGGCAAUUUUCAAACAUCACUUGAGCUUUUGCCAGUAUAUAAUAAUCACGAAGAGAAAAUAUUCAAACAAACUAGCUAUUAA